AUGGCCAAAACCGCUAUUGCGUACAAAGAGAAGAUGAAGGAGAUCUCAGUGCUGUCGCUCAUCUGCUCCUGUCUCUAUCCCGAGACACGCAAAAACAUCAUGGGAGACUUUGAAGACCUGGACAUUAAACCUAUCAACAAGCGAGCGUCAGGUCAGGCUUUCGAGGUGAUCCUCAAGCCCUCCUCCCCGGUGUCCGAGUCAGCCCACUGCAUCACCAGCCCCCCCAAGAGGGACGUGUCCCUGGAGGACAUCCAGAAGAAACUAGAGGCCGCUGAGGACCGGCGGAGACCUUUUUACCGGACCUGUACGCCUCCAUACGCCGCAGUCCGCCUCAUCGCUGCUGCCAUCAUCUGUCUGCUGACUGCUGUGAACUGCUGGAAGGUGAAAUGGGGAGCCAUCCUUCAGGUCGCCUCCACAUUCGCCAAAGUUCUGGCUCUUAUUGUCAUCAUCAUUACUGGGCUUGUCAAACUUGGUCAAGGUUUUGACCAGAACUUUGAGGACUCCUUCAAAGGCUCCAAAGUGAAUCCCGGGGACAUGGCUUUGGCUCUGUACUCUGCUUUAUACUCCUACUCCGGCUGGGACACGCUUAACUUCAUCACAGAGGAGAUCAAGAACCCAGAGAGAAAUCUCCCCUUAUCCAUUGCGAUCUCCAUGCCCAUAGUUACCAUUAUCUACAUCCUGACCAACAUUGCCUACUACGUUGUUUUGGACGCAGACAGUGUUCUCAACAGUGAUGCUGUGGCUGUGACAUUCGCAGAUGAUGUGUUGGGGUGGGCUCGCUGGCUCAUCCCUCUGUCUGUGGCUAUUUCUUGCUACGGCGGUCUCAACUCCUCCAUCAUCGCUGCUUCUAGGUUGUUCUUUGUGGGCUCCAGAGAAGGCCACCUGCCAAAUGCUCUGUGUAUGAUUCAUGUAAAAUGCUUCACUCCGAUUCCCGCCUUACUUUUCAAUGGGGGCAUGUCUCUGAUUUACCUGUCUGUUCCUGAUGUCUUUCAAUUAAUCAACUACUUCAGCUUUAACUACUGGCUGUUUAUCGGCAUGUCCAUCGGCAGCCUCAUCUACCUGCGCUUCAAAGCCCCAGACAUGUAUCGGCCAGUGAAGCUGUCCCUGUUCUUCCCGGUGGUCUACUGUCUGUGCAGCAUAUUCCUGGUGGUGAUGCCUCUUUACAGUGACACCAUAAACUCCCUGGUGGGAAUCGCUGUAGCUCUGUCUGGCGUUCCGGUUUAUUUCAUCUGCGUGCACCUGCCGCCCAGCUCCAGGCCUGCCUUCCUCACAAAGGCCCUCGAUAAGGUUUCUCUGUACACCCAGAAGCUGUGCCUUUGCUGCAUGACUUCUCCCGACAUCGACUUGGACAAUAUAGAACUUGAAAAGAUGGAGUGA